GCGGUAUGUUUUUCAAGCUCGGUGUCAAUCUUCGCUCUCGCGCUCUUGUCACGCUUUUUUUCCCCCCCCGCCGCGCGCGCGCCUCGUCGACUCCAGCUUUUAGAAAUCAAAGGAAGGCGCGAGACGGAAACUCGGGCUUGUUCCCAAACAGGGAAAAGUUUUUUUUUUAAAAAAAGGGACGAAGAACUUGUCUUUAACUUUAGUUGUUUUUUUUAAAGACGUUUCAAGUUGAGCUCGUCGGCUGCCGGUCGUAGUCAUGGAGAGAGGCGACUGUCGCACGGCAUCGCACGAGCGCCCACAUCCUUUCAUCUUCGAGGUGAAGCUGACCAGGGCGCAGAGGAUCAGGGGGCUCAUCCUGGGCAGCGUCCUCGUCCCCGUACGCGUCACGCUGGCGGCCUUGUUCUUCCUCAUCAUGUGGCCCAUCGCCCGGCUCAGACUGGCCGGCCUUUCCCCUGAAGAGCGCGCCCGGCCGGUGACGGGCUGGCGCCGCUGGCUGUUCCACCACAUCGUCCUGUUCCUGAGCAGAGCCGUGUUCUUCUCCCUGGGCUUCCUGUGGGUCAAAGUGAAAGGUCGCAAGGCCGACCUGAAGGAGGCGCCGGUCCUGGUGGUGGCGCCCCACAGCGGCUUCCUGGACAUGCUGGUCCUGUGCCCGACCCAGCUGGCGACCGUCGUGUCGCGGUACGAGAACACGAAGCUGCCCGUCAUCGGAGCUCUGCUGGAGUUCAACCAGUCUGUGCUCGUGAGCAGGAAAGAUCCGGAGUCGAGAAAGGAGGCCGUUGAGAAGGUCGUCGAGAGGCUGACCUCUAAAGGCUACUGGCCCCAGAUGCUCAUGUUUCCAGAGGGAACCACGACUAAUGGCCAAGCGCUCAUCAAGUUCAAGCCUGGUGCCUUUCUCGCUGGAGUCCCUGUCCAACCAGUUCUUCUGCGCUACCCAAACAAAGUGGACACCGUUCGAUGGACGUAUAAAGGGGCGUCAUGGACCCAGACUCUCUGGCACACUGCUUCACAGUUUUAUACAAACAUGACUGUUGAGUACCUGCCUGUUUAUAACCCGACUCACGAGGAGAAGAAUGACGCCAGCCUGUACGCUGACAAUGUUCAGAGACUCAUGGCCAAGGCGUUAGGAGUCCCAGCCACAGACCAUGUGAUGGAGGGCACGGUCCCUGUGAGCAAACUGGGUGGCCUGUCUCUACCGCUGGAACCUCCUGGCAGGGAAACAUUGUCUCUUCUGCAUAAAAAUGGACUGGCUUGUGAAAUCAAAGCGGCUCUGGACAAAAUGAUUGACAGAUGUCGGUCUGGAGCUCAGGGGUCAAAGGCCAGUGCAGACGAACUCUCUUCUAUUCUCUCCCUGAAGGAUCACCAAACGGCUGUCUCCAUCUGUGGCUUAUACUCAAAGGAUGAAACGGUGGACCUCAGACAGCUUUACUUCAGCAUCUCAGCUCUUGGCAACAUCACAACCUUCAAGGCCCUGCUUCACUCUGCUUUUACACUGUUUGACCAGGAAUCAAAAGGCAGCUUACAUGCAGAGGAGCUCUCAGACCUCAUGGGGGCGCUGCUUGGCAUUCCACAGCACAACACUGAUGCUCUGUAUACCGAGGCCUCCAGUCAGGGGAAGCUUACUGAAGAAAGCCUGCUGCGAGUGCUGACGACCGACCCGACCUUUUCAAAAGUGGUGAACGAGUACCUGCAGGGCGAGGAGGCUGGGCCCCCGCCGCCCGCCGCUGCAGCGGCCAAUGGGAAAGCUGUGAACAACAACGGGUUUCUACAACACAACAAGAAGUUUGAAUGA